AUGAGACAAGAUAAUAGGGUUCAAUAUAGCAGUGAUGUGGGCACAUUCGCUCGUAGCAGGGAGUGGGUUUUGGAUACUGAUGGCUGCAAUUUAGAGCAGGUGUUGACCAUGGAAGCAGUAGACAGUACUCGUACCUUCUCCAAUGACAUCGUGGAGAUCCUCAAUGUGUUGGGUAUCGAAGCCUGUAGGAAGGCUUUACUCAAUGAGUUGCGACAAGUGAUCAGUUUCGAUGGCUCUUAUGUUAACUAUCGACAUAUGUCGGUACUGUGCGAUACGAUGUGCCAGAAGGGACAUCUGAUGUCGAUCACAAGACACGGUAUUAAUCGUGUGGAGCGAGGGCCUUUGAUGAGGAGUUCUUUCGAGGAGAUGGUUGAGAUGCUCAUGGAUGCUGCAUGUUACGCUGAGACCGACCAUAUGCGGGGUGUUAGUGAGAACAUCAUGCUUGGACAACUGGCACCUAUAGGAACGGCUGAGUGUGAGUUGUUGAUCGACACGGACAAGUUGGUGGACGCCAGGCCGGUGCUACCAGAAGACGACUUGGUACUGCGAGAGGCAGCUAAGGACACAGGAGACAUGGCCGUCGGUGACUCGACUCCUCGUGAUGCUGCUGAUGUGGCGUUUGGUAACAUAACUAGCCCGAUGGCAGGGGAGUGGAGUGGGGGAGUCAUCUCCAUUCAGUUACGAUGGAGGUAUGCUCUCGCCUACUUCCGGUAUGAUGACCUCGGGGAUGUACGAUGUCAUGUCACCUGGUGCGGCCUUCAGCCCUACCUCCUACGCACAGUCCCCAGGAUCGGUAAGGGUUGCCUCCAUCCUUAUCUCUAUUCCUAUCAUAUUCCUUUCUAG